GCCUUUGUCGCGUUAGACCUUCGCCGCCUUGUGUCCUCGGCUCCCGGAGGCCCCGGUGAUUCUGCCACAGCCUCGGCCUCCGUCGCUCCGUGAGCUGCGGGCAUCGGAUGAUUCGUAGCUAAGACUCCGCGACACCCUGAAGCCCAGAAAUGGAACUCUUAACAUUCAGGGAUGUGGCCAUAGAAUUCUCUCCAGAAGAGUGGACAUAUCUGGACCCUGCCCAGCAGAAUUUAUAUAGAGAUGUGAUGUUGGAGAACUACAGAAACCUGGUCUCCCUAGGUGUGGCUAUCUGUAACCCAGACCUGGUCACCUGUCUGGAGCAAAGAAAAGAGCCCUGCAAUGUGAAGAUACGUAAGACAGUAGCCAAUCCCCCAGCUGUGUGUUCUCAUUUCACCCAAGACCUUUGGCCAGAGCACAGCAUAGAAGAUUCAUUCCACAAACUUAUACUGAAAAGACAUGAGCAUUUAAGAAAAAGUUUUAAAAGUGUGAAUGACUGUAAGGUGCAGAAAGGAGGUUAUAAUGGAAUUAACCAAUGCUUAUCAACUACCCAGAGCAAAAUAAUUCAAGGUAAUACAUGUCUCAAAAUUUUUAAUGAAUAUUCAAAUUCAAACAAACAUAAGAUAAGACAUACUGGAGAGAAAACCUUUAAAUGUAAAGAAUGUGGCAAAUCAUUUCACGUGUUCUCAAGCCUAACUCAACACAAAAGAAUUCAUACUGGAGAGAACCCCUACACAUGUGAAGAAUGUGGCAAAGCCUUUAAUUGGUCCUCAGUUCUUACUAAACAUAAGAGAAUUCAUGCUGGAGAGAAACCCUACAAGUGUGAAGAAUGUGGUAAAGGCUUUACUCAGUCCUCACACCUUACCAAACAUAAGAGAAUUCAUACUGGAGAGAAACCCUACACAUGUGAAGAAUGUGGUAAAGCUUUUAACCAAUCCUCAACCCUUAAUUUACACAAGAGAAUUCAUUCUGGACAAAAAUACUAUAAAUGUGAAGAAUGUGGCAAAGCCUUUAAGUGGUCCGCAUCCCUUAAUGAACAUAAUAAGAGAAUUCAUGUUGGAGAGAAACCCUUCUCAUGUGAAAAAUGUGGCAGUGUCUUUACCACAUCCUCAGACUUUGCCAAACAUAAGAGAAUUCAUACAGGAGAGAAACCCUACAUAUGUGAAGAAUGUGGCAAAUCCUUUAAUAGGUCAACAACUCUUACUACACAUAAGAGAAUCCAUACCGGAGAGAAACCCUACACAUGUGAAGAAUGUGGCAAAGCCUUUAAUUGGUCCUCAACCUUUAAUGUACACAAGAGAGUUCACUCUGGAGAAAAUCCCUACAAAUGUGAAGAUUGUGGCAAAGCCUUUAAAGUGUUUGCAAACCUGCGUAAGCAUAAGAAAAUUCAUACUGGAGAGAGACCCUACGUAUGUCAAGAAUGUGGCAAAGCCUUUAAACAGUCCACGCACCUGAAUAAACAUAAGAAAAUGCAUACUGGGGAGAAACCCAACAAAUUUAAAGAAUGUGGAAAAGCCUUUAAGCAGCGCUCCAACCUUCCUCAACAUAAGAGAACUCAUACUGGAGGAAAAUUUUAGAAAAGUGAAGAAUGUGGGAGUCUUUAAGUAUUCCUCAAUCUUUUCUAAUCAUAAUUCAUACUGGAGAGAAACUCCACAAAUGUGAAAAAUGUGACAAACCUUUUAACCACACCACAAUCUGUUCUAAACAUAAGAGAAAUGAUAUUGAUGAAUAGCCAUUAAAAAUAUGAAAAAUGUGGCAAAGCCUUCAAAUGCUUGUCACAUCUUACUGUAGGUAAUUUUUAUUUUUGAGACAGAGUCUUGCUCUGUUGCCCAGUGCUAUGGUGCAGUCUCAGCUCGCUGCAACCUUUGCCUCCCGGGUUCAAAGGAUUC